AUGUCUUGCAGCUGUGGAUCAAGUUGCGGCUGCGGCUCAAACUGCAACUGCGGCAAGAUGUACCCUGACUUGGAGGAGAAGAGCGGCGCCACCGUGCAGGCCACCGCCGUCGUCCUCGGCUUCGGGCCCGCUAAGGUGCAGUUCGAGGAGACCGCCGAGUUUGGUGAGGCCGGCCACGGAUGCAGCUGCGGUGCUAGCUGCAAGUGCAACCCUUGCAACUGCUAA